AUGAAGGUUCUCGACAGUUUGAUUGGGCUGAGUGCGCUUUUGCUCAUGCAACCUCAGCUGUCGUUUGGUCAAAACUUUUGCGGCAUUACGCUGGGUAGCAACACUGUCGCAACCAAAUGUUUGCAAGAUUCGAACAACCAGCUUACAGUUUGUAUCAAUGACGAUAAAAGCUUUGUUGUGACAUGUGAUGAUGGCAAAUUUUGCACCGAAAAUACAAAAGCUGGAACGGCUUCGUGUGAGUCGGAUGGACAGGCUGAUACUGGAGCAGUGACUUGCACCAGUUCCGGGAUCUUCCCGGAUCCAAAGAACUGUGCGAAGUAUCACUAUUGUCCGUCAGCAGGACGGCCCUCGUGGGUACAGGAAUGUCCGACUAACUACACCUUCUACUAUACGUCAACAUCGACCGGUGUGUUUCCGUGCAAAGCUAUAAAGGUCGAGUCCGACUGUAUGGUGGUAAACUGCUCGGCCACUUCAGAACACAAACCGUACGGUACUAGUGAGAUAUUUUACGGGGACUGCAAAGCAGAUGGGUCAAUAACAAUCUCCAGAUGUUCCAAUGGAGCAGCUUUCAACGAAACGGAAUGUGUGUACGCCUGUACCAAGGAGGGCCGUUUCCCUGAUUCUACUAAUUCAGCGGUUUACUACGAGUGUUAUUAUUUAAAUUCGAGGCUUGUAAGUGCUAAGAGAAACUGUGCAGAUAACAAGACUUUUGACGCAGUUGCGCUAGUCUGUAAAUAA